CGAUGUCUGUGCUGCCUCUGUACAGUAAGUAAGUACUCGCUCCACUCGUACUCUGCCCGUUUGUCGGUGGCAUACGAGUAGCUUGGUACUUGGAUUGGAUUGUGCCGUUUAUGGACAGACAAUUGAUUUGUACCAGUACCACCAACCACCCACGCCCACGCUCCCUUACCAACUCUCUUUUCCCUUUAUCACUUCUGUUGUAAUUAUUCCUUUUCUUUGCUCUCCUGCUACUUUGCUUUGCACAACUUCUCUGUACUACCAACACCAACACCAUCACCAUCACCAUCACCACCAUCACCACCAUCACCACCAUCACCACCAUCACCACCCCCUCAAGCGCCACUGUGAUUCUUCAAUCGCCACCAUCCCGCAUUCCAUUCCUGUGCCUGUGCCUGUGCCUGUACCUGUACCUUGUUACACCCUCGCGACCUCAGAUCCCUUCCAUUCCUUUUCCCCGAGGCCUUCCAUUUCGACAUCCUCACUACACCCACUACACCCACUACACCAACACACCCAAACCAACGCGCGAUAAUUCACUAUCGCCAUUCAACUUUCACCCCGACAUGGUCACAACGUACUAAGUGGUCGCAAGUAAAAGAUCUUGCCAUGGAUCCUACUUCAAAGCCAACUGCCCGACGCUCUGUCUCCCUCCCUCCUCCGCGAUCUGCGAUCAACUCCGAUCCUCAAGUCGAGAUCCUCUACAACCUACCCUCUGUCCGAAUUGUGGCCUUCACGACAUCGUCAACCGCUGCCAUGCGACAAAGUUCCAGUCAUGAAAGUCCUAUCAUCGAAGAGCAACCUGGAACUCUUCCUUGGGUAUCCCGGUCAGAGAGAACCAUAGCUAUCGGUACGUAUUGAUAGUCGCUUUUCUAAUUGCGGGAGGUCAGGGGUCGAGCUCUGACUAGCGCGGGGAAAUUCAUGCCUUGAACAACCUAGCUUGGAUCAUCGUUAUUCGACCCUUCAUCUUCGUCUUCCCUCUGUGCGAGAUGGUCGGUGGUAAUUGGGAGCAUUUCGAUAAACAGGGUGGUGAGGAAGAAGUGAAGAUUCAACUUCUCUUGCAACAAACCUUUGAAGGAAUGCUACGAUUGACCCUGCACAUCGAAGCAAUAAUGAGGAAGGCGCACGUAGAGCAAUCAUGAAGCAUUUUCUACAGAAUCACUUGAAAUUCCUUACUAAUGGUUGUGUUUCCAGGUCCAUUACGGAUAUAUCGAGCCCCUGGUUCAGUUGCCUUUCUGAAUUGUCAAAACGCUUUACAACCUAUAUUACCGAAAUCACAAUCUUGGUGUGUCGAUGGAGAUAGUAAAUUCGUUUUGCAGAUCAGAAAGCCACAGUAUUGGCGUAUCGAAGUUCCUAACAAGGAUCUCGAGGAAAGAGUGAGGGUGGAAGAACUGAAGGUAGUGCUCUCAAAGGUACUCUUGUUUGAGAAAACACCAUGCCCUUUUCAAAGACACUUUACAGUGGAACUACCAGAGCCGCCAAAAGAACCCGCUGUGAAACGACCCUGGAGGCCAGUUCAAGGACCACAACCAUAUUCGGCACCCAUAUACGAAAAGAAAAGAUUGGAGGAUGUCUCGCCUCCUACACGGCAAGCCAGUCAAAGUGGGCGAGCAAGACCAAAAAGAAAUGAGAGACCACCAACACCUUCAAAGUCGCCCACCAAACCUCCUCGAAUUUCCGUGAAAUCUAAAAACUCUGGGAACUUGGACUCUCCGCCACAUUCUCCUGAUUCUCAACAACCUACCACGCCUACGAGGCCUCUUUCACCUCCAAGCACCAUAGACUUUAACAACAGUCCACGACCUCAUACUCCUGCUACAACUGUGGGACAAGAUGAUGAUUCUACUAACGGUUCCCCCACAAACUCUGUACAAUUUGAGGAUAUUCCGUCAAACGAUGAUAUCGAAUCUACUGCGCGAACCGAUUCCUCGUUGUUGUCGCAGAAGAAUUUAGACAUUAUAAAUGAGAUUGAGCUCGUUUCCGAAGAACCCGCCGAGUCAAUUCCAGCCCCAAAAACACCCACAAACGACAAAGCAUUCUUGGAGGACGACGACAACGUUAGCGAAACGGAUGAUGAGUCUGACACUCGAAAUAGUCGGUUUCAACCCGCUUUUCAUCCCCUGACUUUGGACCCUCCAUCACAAGCUUUAAAAAAUGGUGUUCGAUCAACAACAGCUCCGCCUGUGGUAUCAUUUCUUACGAGCCCACCAUCCAAAAGGCGAGAACGGUCUCCUCUCAGGAUUCUCACGACAGCAGACUCUUCUUCUAGUCAUUCUUCCAGUGUUAGAUCUUUCCAUUCGAUCCCUUCAUGGCACUCUCCUUUGGAUCCCACAUCACCACAGUCUCCUCGACCAUCCUCUACUAGUCCAGCGUACCCUUAUCCACAUGAAAACAUUGUCCUUCCAAAACGAGCCGUUCGUGUGGAAGAUGAUUCCGAGCUAUCAAUGCCAAGAACACCUGGAGCCUGGGAAAGUUCCUUUUCGGAUGAUGAAUCGGAUCCCAAGAGCCCGCAGACGUCUCCUCCGAUCAAAAAUGACAGUUUGUUGACAGCUAAACACCAGGUCGAAACGUCCAUUUCCGGUUCAAAGAUUCGACAUCGCGCUACCACUAGCAGCAACUCUCGCCGAGGACAACUUUCACCCCUUCCUGCUGCGGUUAACCUCUUCAGUCCACCUGCAGCCCGUCGUCCAAGACAUCUGCAGACUACAAGACACAUUCCGACGGCCAUCCUUCAGAAGACUUGUGAGAUUCUGCUUAGUCCACCAAGUCACUUAUUCCAUUUGAUGAUCAGCAUUGCGUCCAAAAUCGCCGCUGGCGAAUGGAGAGGCGUCUUGUUUUCCGGCUAUGGAGACGUGACUUGGGACUUUGAGGAGGAUUACGCGGAGGGCCCGUACAGUCCUACGGACGACUUUGGGAUUGCACUUCCCAGAGCCAACCUACCUCGACGAGGAAGCAGACAGAGACCUGAAGCCAUUGAAGCUGGUGGAAGUUGGGAGGUUGAUUGAUCUCGUAUACAGAUCUGAUGAUAUCAUCUUCUUUUUCUUCCUUGUGUUGUGUCUUGGAUUCUCAUGUAUGAUUAUUGUAUUACGAAGCCCUUUUACUAGUAUUUAAUAUCCCGAUUUUCUUUUUCUUUUCUUCUCUCUCCUUGCUUUGGGGAUAAGCGAGUUUGAGUUCGGGGCGUUCUUUUCUUCUUUCUUUAUGGGUUCUUUUCCGUAUGGGACUGUAGGAGGUACUGGAUAUUGGGGUGUAUUGGGGUUUUGACUUGGUUGUUAGUUAUAGUGUAGCUGAGAUACGAUAAGAUAGCUCUUGAGAGGGUUCAAGAGCAGCAAGGGGAAUAUAUAGUAAUAAACUUACUCUUACUCUCAGUAAA